AAAAUGCCGCAAUCAUUUUUAGGCGGCAGUGAUAAUGCUGAAAGCUAUACAGUUUCUUGGUUCAUCUUCAUCUGGGUUCGUUUCCAUUUCUUACAGAUUGAAGAGGAAACCGCAAGCAAAUUGUGACAUCCAUUUCUUAUCAAGGAAACCCAUAAAAGCAUCAAAUUUAUCGUCAUUAAGAUCAAAAGCAUCUUCUUCUGCUUUUCGGGUUCGCAAAGGUCGCGAUUCUAUAGCUUCACGGAUGUCCCACAUUCAUUCCGAUUCAAACCCUUAUGGUGCUUCAUCUUCUUCCUCUACAUCCACACCAGUUCAACCAACUGGCAGUAUUCGUAAGAUCAAUUUUUGCCAGUCGUGUGGUGGCCGAACAAAGCAUGAGAUACCUGAUGGGGAGGAGAAGAUGAGGGCUAUUUGUACAUCGUGUGGGAAAAUUACUUAUGAGAACCCGAAAAUGGUUGUGGGUUGCCUCAUCGAGCAUGAAAACAAGAUACUACUGUGCAAGCGAAAGAUUCAUCCAUCAUUUGGCCUUUGGACACUUCCUGCUGGUUACAUGGAGAACGGGGAGUCCGCUGCUGAAGGAGCAAUUAGGGAAACCUGGGAGGAGGCAAAUGCUGAAGUAGAAAUUUUAUCACCAUUUGCCCAUUUGGACAUCCCUCUCAUAGGGCAAACAUAUAUUAUUUUCUUGGCCAAGUUGAAGAGACCCCACUUUUCGCCUGGCCCAGAAUCUUCGGAAUGCCAGCUUUUUGCUCUUAAUGAUAUUCCUUUUGAUUCUUUGGCAUUUUCGUCGAUGCUGGUCACCUUACAACUGUACAUUGAAGAUACAAAAGUUGGAAGACUCAUGUUUCACUAUGGCAUCAUCAAUAAAAGUGGUUUUCAACAGGCCCGGUACAAGCCCUUCUGAGAUUAAUGCCUAUACUCUCGAUCAUCAUCUGAAAUCUUGACAUUUGGAGGAUGAUUCCAUCCAGUUCCACAAGAAAAUGUUACAAAAUUUGGAGUGAGUUUAGCAUAAAUCCAAGAUCAAACUGUCCUUACCCUUUACGUGCUGUACAAGUUCGCACUUCUCUUAUGCAACCUGAUAAUGCCAUCAAAUUCGUUUCACUUCAUUUAUCUUUGUGUAACUGUUCUGAUUGUACUUCUACUGUAAUUUCUUUCUUUUGUAAUGAAAGAGAAUCUGCGCUCUUUUUGCUUCAAAGUACGACUCACAUUACGUGUAUUAUUUUGUGAUGCUGAAGAUCAAUAGCUCUGGUGAUUCUUGUCUCCUUCCA